CUCACACGCACGCAUCCAGCACAACCACCCACGCGAUGGUCGUCCCGACGUCGACGCGCACCGUCGCCGCCCACCCCUCCCAGCACGGUCAGCACCCGCAGCAUACCAACGCCGCGGCGGCAGGCUCGACUCGACUGCAGCAGCCGAUUUCGCAGUUUACUCCCUCGGAGCGCGAGCUGGCCCCCGGUGGCAGGAACAGGCUGUUCCUCGCGCUGCGCUCUGGCGUAGAAGAAGAGGUCGACUGGGCCCUCCCGCGCCUCGUGCUCGCGUCCUUUGACCGCCCGGAGAAGUUUGCCCUCGAGACGUGGGUCGACUCGGUGUCGAGCUUCAAGGAGUGGCCGCAGCUCUGGCUCGACGAACUCGAGCGCGAGGUCGCGUACCGCGAGCUCAUCGACUCGCCAUCCUCAUCCAAGCGCGAUGCGCUCGGCGCCGUGCCCAGCUUCACGCGCGACCCCGCCGUCGAGGAUCGCGCCGCGGCCUCGCUUCACAUCCUGCGAAACGCGAGCUUCUCGGGCAACAAUCCGCGCACCAUCUCGAGGACGUCGUUCGUGGCCUUCCUCCUGCGCUUCUUUAACCUGCCUAUCGACUUCUUGAUCGAAGUGUCGGCCCGCUCGCCCGAGCCGUUCCAGCAUAUCCUCAUCAUCCUCCAGUCCAUAUACCCUUUCUUAUUCGGUGGCCCACCCGUUUUCCGCCUCCUCACAGAGGUGCUGCCGACGUUCGCCAUGAAGACGCGCGACUUGGGACUGCUGAGCAUCACGUUGCCGAUUCUCAUCACCACGUUCCAGGUGCCGACGUUCCCGCCGCCGCCCGAGGGUUUCAUCCAGCACAUCCUCUAUCUCCUCACGCUGCAGCCGCCGCCGCAGCUCCUCGAGCUCGUCCUUGACCUGCUGGCGGCCAUGGUCCCGCAGCCUGCGUACGCCCGCAUUGUUCUGUCCGACCCGCAGUUUGGUUCGCACCUCAAGUCGCUCGUCAGGCUGCUUGAGCACGGCGCCCAGGACUAUGUCGCUCAGUGGUACCCUGUCGAGCAUCUCCGCUCCCACGAGGUUCUCAACCCCGCUGGCGGGCCGGCGCUCGCUGAGAGGGCCACCGCGAGGCGCAGAAUUGAGAGAGAGGCGGACCAGCAAAAGAUGGAGGUGUUUGGCGGGCCUGGCGUCACCCGCGAGGUUGGCACAACACCGCCGCAGUUGUCGCAGACGGUCAAGGACGAGCUCUACAAGAUGACCGAGCCGAAGCGGUCCAUUGCUUGGAUGCACGAGACGUUCGUCUACUGCUCGCACGCUCAGCUGCUGCAGGUGACGUUCUGGCAUGCGUACAGGGACUUUUUCUCCAACUCCGCGACGGUGGAGCAGUUAUUGAGCGCGUCCGAGGUCAUCAAGAACGUCACGGUCGCAUUCCCUGCGGCGCAGGCCAAGCUCUGGACGGACGAGCGUGGUGAGACCAAGUUUGUCAUCUCGGGCAUGGGCUUCAGGAAGGGAACAGAUGACGCCGAUCGCUUCCUCUGCUUCUGGCGCGGCUGCCAACGGCCACAAGGUGCCACCAACCCCGGCCAGCUGCUCGAUCACAUCCAAAAGGCACACUUGGCAGGCCACCCGCAGUCCUGCGCGUGGGCAGGAUGUCGCCACUCGCCGUUCACCCUGACGCACCUCCUCACGCACCUGCCGCUUGUUCAACCACCCAGCGUGCAGCCGAGGAUCUCAGUGGCACCCGGCACUGAACGCUCGUUUGUGUACUCUCCCCAGGUGACGAGCAGACCAGCGCCACCCGUGCCGCCGACCCAACUCUUGCGCUUCGAGGGCAAGCGCACUAGCGCCGAUGCGGCGCGCAACCCAAUAGGCAUUGCCUUCUUGGCUGCACUCGUUGUGCGCGGGCUCGCGCGUAGCCUGAGAUCCGAGGUGGCUGCGGCCCUGCCUGAAGAAGUGGGCAUGAGUGCCGAGCAGCGGCGGGCCAAGAAGAAGCACUUGGCAGAGGACCGGUUCGGCCUUCCGAUCCCCGCGAGCGUUUUACGCGAGGAGGAAGAGGAGGAGGACGAGGCGCGUGGCACGGCCGAGGUGAGCAUGCCCGACGCGGACAGGGAGCGGGCGCGGGCUGCGUUCCGCGGCGUGGAAGGCCGGAUCCUCGACGUUGUCAACACCAACGUGUCGAGCCUGGGACUGUACCUUGGCGACGCGUUUGGAUGGUAGGGGAGGUCUAGGCGGAGGGCCGUCGGCCGUCGGUAGAAGAUGUAUUACAUUCAUGA